CUCAACCCAUCAUCUUCAUCAACAAUCUUCUACUACAAAAAAUUCAACUCUAAGCUCUCACCUACUACUAAACAAACCAAAGCUCUCCAGUACUUCUAUUCGUACGGUUAAAUCGCAUUGAAUUGAGUGCAAUGGCGGCAGCAGCAGCGCUAUCCACAUCUCCACUGUUCAACAUAGACUCGAACUCCGUCGACGUUGACAAGCUCAGCCACGAGAUCUUCUCCAUCCUCGAGAACAAGUUCCUUUUCGGUUACGACAUUGAUAACUCCAAAGACACUACUGCUACCACGCCUCUUCAUCACAUGAAGUCUAGCAAGCACAUCACCGGCAAGGUCAGAAUCUUAACCAUCGACGGCGCCGGAGCCACCGACGGGGUUUUGGCAGCCAAGUCUCUCGUCCACCUCGAGUCCUGCAUCCGCCGCAAGUCCGGCGACUCCACUGCCGCCGUUUCUGACUACUUUGAUGUUGUUUCUGGCUCCGGCGUCGGCGGCAUUCUCGCGGCUCUGCUCUUCACCAAGGCAGCCGACGGAUCGGGCCGGCCGGUGUUCACUGCUCAGGAGGCACUCAACUUCCUUUUGGAAAACCGAAGUAAGAUUUUCAAGUCGUCUACUGCAGGAAUAUUCCGGCGAGUUUUCCGGCCGGCGAAGGCGGAGAAGGAGAGGGAGAGGCUCUUCCGCAAGACGUUCGGCGAUCAGCUGACGAUGAAGGACACCCUUAAGUCGGUGUUGAUUCCCUGCUACGACAUGUCGUCCCGCGCGCCUUUUCUGUUUUCGCGCGCCGAUGCUGUGGAGAUGGACGGCUACGAUUUCAAGAUGAAGGACGUGUGCACCGCCACGUGCGCGCAUCCGGCGGCGACGGGGGCCGUGGAGGUUAAGUCAAUCGACGGGAGGACGAAGAUCAUGGCCGUCGACGGCGGAAUUGCCAUGAACAAUCCGACGGCCGCGGCUAUUACGCACGUUCUGAAUAAUAAGCAAGAGUUUCCGUUCUGUUCUGGUGUGGAGGAUCUCUUGGUGGUGUCACUCGGAAAUGGAGAGUCGGAGUUCGGAACCUUGUCGCCUUCUGGCUGCCUAAGAAUCGCCGGCGAAGGAGCUUCAGACUUGGUUGAUCAAGCUGUUUCAAUGGCAUUUGGGCAAUCCCGGACCAGCAAUUAUGUUCGCGUGCAAGCCACCGGCAUCAUAGCCAAAAACCCUGCGCGCAUGGACCACUCCAACAACAAGAGCAACACCAAUACAGACAUAUUGGCUUUAACAGAGGAAAUGUUGGCACAGAGAAACGUGGAGUCGAUUUUAUUCGAGGGGAAGAAAAUGGUGGAGAGCACGAAUUUGAAGAAGUUGGAGUUGUUCGCCGGAGAGGUGAUCAUGGAAGAAGAGAGGAGAAAGACCAGCAUUUUGCCGACGGUGGCUUUGAAACAGAUUUCGGGGUCGCCAGCCAGAACAUCGUCUGCUACUACCUUAUCGAGUCUGUCAUCUUCGUGUUGAUUGAUUAAUCUUUGAUUUAUUAAAAGUUAAAACCGAGUUUGUAUGCAAUUCGCAGCCGCUCGCGGUGGUGAUUAAGGAAAUCAGGCAUCCGAGUCUGAGCUGCAAGAGUGCGUUUGAGCUAUGUAUACUUAUGAUAGAGUGGUGUGGGAGUGGUGUAUAGGGAAAAUUAGCUUGAGGGUAACUAGUAGUGCAGAGUAAAAUCAAAUUGAAGCUGGGAGAGGUUUCGAUGUAGUAUAUGUUUUGAUCCCUUCGAUUGGGGUCCCUAUUAUAUAAUGUUACACAUAUUUCGUGAUUGAACUUUA